AUGACCCUAAAACCCCUAACCAGCAGCAUCCACAUCAAAACGCACCCAGCCCCGCGCUCCCUCUCCGAAAGCAAACUCAUUCUCUCCGCACUCCAGAAAUUCGGCGAAGUCGUGACAUUUCGAAAUCUAAAAUACGACCCCACAAACACAUCCCCCAAAUCCGCCCACAAUACCAUCGCUAUCUUCGAGUCCGCGGCCGCGGCGUCUUCAGCUAUUGCGGCGUCGCCGAUUACUAUCCCUGUACAAGUUCAAACACAAACACCAAGUCAAUCGCAAAGCCAGAGUCUAGAGGGAAAAAAUGAAUCUCCCUCGCAUACAGCUACACACUCCACACCAUCACCAUCACCAUCACCAUCACAACCCCAAGGACCGACCCUAACAUGCACGAUCCAACCCUCACGACAUAACCACGUCUCGGCGAUGACGCGUAACCCAUACCAUACAUUCUUCUACGUGGAUAAGGACAGCCAUAUGUAUAAGGAUCUGGUGAAGAGUGGCAUACCGUUGGAUUAUUUGGCGGAUGGGCCGAUGAGGAGGAAGGCGCAUGUGCCGGAGCGGGUGAAGAGGAUGCUGGAUCGGGAUGUGUGGAGGUUUGGGGGGAAGAGUUUGAUGGGGUUGUAUCGGUUUGGGGUGGAGAGUGAGAGUGAGAGUGGGAAUGGGAUGGAAGGGCAAGGGGAGAGGGAGAGGAAGGAUGGGGAGGGAGAGGGAGAGGGGACGAAGUGA